AUGGUCCCAAUUCCAAACCCUUCUUACCCAAGUGAAACCGACCUUGCCGCCAUGGUCGAAGGUACCACUACCGCCGCCCAAAUUCCAUUUGGUGAAUACGUGUUCCGUCGUCUUAGACAACUUUCUGUCAAGUCUAUCUUUGGUGUCCCAGGUGAUUUCAACAUGAACCUUUUGGACCACAUUGGUUCUGUCGAAAACCUUAAGUGGGUUGGUUGUUGUAAUGAAUUGAACGCCGGGUAUGCUGCUGAUGGUUAUGCUCGUUUUUCAAGAACCCUUGGUGUCUCAGUUGUCACUUAUGGUGUCGGUGAAUUAUCCAUCAUGAACGCUAUUGGUGGUAGUUAUGCCGAAUGGGUCCCACAGUUGGUUAUCGUCGGUACCUCUCCAAUGUCCAAGAAAUCCGCCCCAGGUCAAGUCCAUCACUUGGUUCCAACCAGAGACCCAUACGCUGUUGCUCCAGAUCACCAUGUUUAUGAAAAAAUGGUUGAUGGUAUCUGUAUUGCCAAGGAAUCCGUCGAAGACGUGAAUGCUGGUGUCCAACAAGUUGAUGCUUUGAUUGAAGCUAUCCUUGCUAACGUUAGACCUGGUUACUUGUUCUUGCCAAUUGAUUUGCAAGAUGCUUUGGUUGACUCUUCAAGAUUGAACAUCCCAUUGAAGACCACCGCUGUUGACUCUGACCCAGCCGCUUCUAAGCAAGUUGCCGAAAACAUUUUAGAAAAAUUGUACAACUCUAAAAACCCAGCCAUUAUUGGCGAUAUCUUGACCGAUAGAUUCCACGUCAGCCACUGGGUUAGAGAUUUUGUCAACCGUACCAAGAUCAACAACUACUCUACUCCAAUGGGUAAGACCGUUUUGGAUGAAACUAACGAAUCAUAUAUCGCUGAGUACAAUGGUAAAUUGUCUAAUCCUGGUGUCAAGGAAACAAUUGAAGCUUCUGAUUGUGUUCUUCACUUUGGUUCUUAUCUUGCCGAAACUAACACCGGUAUUUACUCCAGUGAUUUCGACGAAGAUGCUCUUGUCUUGUUGACUCCAUAUUAUGUCCAGAUUGGCAAGAAGCUCGUCAAGGGAGUGAACUUCAGCCAUGUUAUUAAGCACAUGUUGGAACUUAUUGAUAUCUCUAAGGUUCCAACCCCAGUUCGCCCAGUUGGAAUUAACACUAUUGUUAACACCCCAUCCCCAGCUGACAUUUCUCAAACAUUCUUAGCUGCCCAAGUCGAAAAAUACCUUCAACCAAACGAUGUUGUCAUUGCCGAAACUUGUUCUUUCCAAUUUGCCUUCAGUGACAUUCGUCUUCCAAAGAAUGCUUUGUAUUUUGCCCAAGCUUUCUACUUGUCCAUUGGUUAUGCUCUUCCAGCUACCCUCGGUAUUGGUGUUGCUAUGAAAGAUUCUGGUUACGAAGGCCGUAUGAUCUUGUUCCAAGGUGAUGGUUCAGCACAAAUGACUAUCCAAGAAUUCGCCACUUACUUGCGUCAAGAUAUCAAGCCAACCAUUUUCUUGUUGAACAACAAUGGUUACACUGUCGAAAGAAUCAUUCAUGGUCCAAACCAAUUGUAUAAUGAUAUCCAACCAGACUGGGACUGGCGUGGAAUUUUCAAGACCUUCGGUGAUAAAGAAGGUAAGAGACAUUUUACCAAGAAGAUUGCUACCAAAGAAGAAUUGGUUAGCACUUUGGCCGAUGAAAAACUUGCUAAGCAAACUCAAAUCCAAUUGUACGAAGUUAUUUUGGAUAAGAUGGAUGUUCCAUGGAGAUUUUCUGCCAUGCAAACUUUGUAA